ACUGGUGCACAAAAGUUAGGUUUACCCAAAUUUCCGACCGCAUGGCAUUUUACAAGUUCACUAUUUUUUUUUUUUAUCACUGUCCAUAUAGGCAAUAUUGACUUGUAGCCUAAAUGAUUAACUAACAAUCUGGUCAAAAUACAAGUAUUUAUUUGAAGCACAAUUCUACUAGAAAGGUAACUUACUGAAAAAGAGUUGGUGCUUAAAGUGCUUCACUGAGCUGAAAAUAAACUUCUGAACAUAAAUAAAAUAAAAAUAACAUUUUAUUUAAAUGUUUUAAGGGCUUCAAACUGAACAUCUCAUGGCUCAUAUCCUCCAUUGCAGUAACAACCGUCAGACUCGGGCUGAAAUGCAGGGCUCUAAUGCCUGUUGUUGAACCAAAGGGAGUCGCAAAGACUUUUUUACACCCUCUAACGGCUAUUUUUAUUCAUUUAUUUUUUUCUCCAAUAAGAUAUUAGGUUGCAUGUGCGACCAAAUUGCUCGCACUCUAGAGCCCUGGUGUGUGUGUGUAGGUGUGUGUGUGUUUGUGUGUUCCCAUUUCAAUAAACAAUGAAGAAAUACUCCUCUUUAUCAAUUUGAUUUUAACUUAAACAUAAAAUCUAGAAACAAUAUUUCUGUCAGGUCCAUUAAGUCAAGAGAACACAGACAACAAGAAUAAAUUUAGAAUUUUAUUGAAUAGAUUGCAAACAGUUGAUAUUCCUGAAUUGAAAUUUGGCGGUAUGGCUCUGUAUGCUCUGUUCAGGGAGUCCUCUGACCUUUCAUGAGCACCAUGAAAUAGCAGAGAGUCAGAGGACAGCAGAAGCAGCAGCAGCCUGUGUGAGCAACUGAAUGUGCUUUAAAUAGGGCGCCUUGUUUGAGCUUUGGCCAUUGAGCAGCGAGGGGAGUUAACCAGCUGGAGCAGAUCAGCUGACAGGACAGUGUUAUUGAUAAAUAGCAUUAGCAGCGUCUUGACUACCUGGCCUGCCAGAACUGACGCUGACGCUCAAUUUAUUCAUUGUUUUAAUUGUUCAACUGCUCUCAUCUAUCAGUUUCAGUAAUCACGUGAUGUAAGGUGGUGUCGAAAUCCGGUUCUGACCCUUUAAAAGUGCCUGCACACUUUGUUUUAAUGCUAACUGGUGCACAGCUGUGCCUUGAGGUAAGCCUGAUUUUAGAUAACCUAAAAAAGGAAGAGCUUCUUCAAAAAGGAAGUUUGCAAAGACAGAGCUAAAUUGAGAUUAGACAGAGACAUUCAAAAAGAAACACAACAGAGAAGUACUCUGAAGGACAGAAGUCACAAGGUCUGAUAUAUAUACACAUACAAUGACAAAAAACAACACUCAAAUUGUCCCCAUUGCGUCGCUGAACACCACAUCAAAAAUUCCCCAACAAAACUGCCAGACGGACAACACCAGCUUGCAGGUCCUGCUGGCUAUUUUCUAUGCACUCUUCUUCCUGUUCGGGUUGUUUGGGAACCUGCUGGCUAUCUGGGUGUUUCUACGAGUACAUCAAAAGAAAAACUCUGUUCGCAUUUUCCUCAUCAACCUGGCUCUGGCUGACUUACUCCUUGUGAUCUGCCUGCCUUUCCGAGUGGUGUACCAUUCAAACAAUGAACGGUGGGUGCUGCCGCCAAUAUUGUGCACGAUGGUGGGCAUUAUCUUUUACAUGAACAUGUACAUGAGUAUAGUCUUACUAGGCUUCAUUAGUAUAGAUCGUUAUCUGAAGUUCAAGAAGUUGUCCUGUAGGCAGUCGUUCCUGGAUAGACGAUGGAGUCUGCUUCUCUGCGGUGUCAUCUGGGCUGUCGAUUUUGUUUGUGGCUUUUGCUUCACUGUCCAGAAUACAGAGCAAGUUGAAUCCCAACAGUGCUUUCAAUACAAAAAACUUUAUGAAUCCAAAUGGAAAGCCUAUUUAAACUUUGCCAUCGUGGGUAUAUUUUGGCUGGUCUAUGGAGCGUUGGUAAUCUCCUACGGAAGGAUCGGAAUUAACCUUCUAAGAGCCUCCAAAGAGAAACCAGAUUUCCCAAAUGCGGCCAAGUACAACAAAACAGCAUGGAAGUCCUUCUUUGUGCUCCUUCUCUUCACAAUAUGUUUUGUGCCCUACCACACUGUAAGGAUGUUCUACAUCAUGUCACAGAUAGCCAACACCUCUUGUGAGUGGAUAAGGGUGUUGGAUAAAACCAAUGAAGUUGUUCUGCUACUGUCUGUCUUUAACAGCUGUCUGGAUCCAGUCAUGUACUUUUUGUUCUGUAGUUCUAUUCGCAAAGUGACUCUGAAGAUAAUCUGUCAUAACAAAAUGCAAGAGGACUGAAGAAUUCUAGUGACACUCCACAAGAGCUGCAAAAUAUCAGUACAGUUGUGCCUAUGACAAACACACACACCAGAGACAGAUAAAGUGGGGCUAUGACUGCUCUUAAAAAAUAUAAACCAUGUCCAAAGGUAGAGGAAAGUUUAUUUUUAUUAUUUUUAUUAUUAUUAUGCAAGUAUAGAAUGUGACUAUAUUUACAUGUGCACAUCAAAGUCAAUGGAACGUUAAAGGAAAUGCACUAUUGUGUUGUGAACUGUGCUGAGUAUAUCUGUGCAUUUACUUUCGGUAAUCACUUUUUUAAAACUUUCAAUAAAAGUUACGUUCAUACAUUUUACAGAAUUAAAAAUAUUUACAUGCCCUUACUGCAUCAUGAACUAACAAAG